ACUACGCAACUUCCGCUAUCUCGCUGCUGAGCAAAAUGGACGCCUUUGUGUCUGUUUUCUUCAUAUUAAUACUAUAAAUAAAAUUUACGCUAUGUUUAGGUAACUCUAAUCAUGGAUGUUUACCAACUCCUACUAAUAAUUUAAGUGAAUUAUGUGUUGUGUUAUAAUAAUGGGUGCUUAUCUUCGUUAUUGAUGAAAUAAAGACUUAUUAUCAAGUAGGCCACAGCUACGGAUGACAAUUGACUGAAUAUCAUAGUCAUAAAAAAAACCAUUCCAAAAGGAUUAUUCAUUUUGUUGCCUCCCGCCAAAAUUUUAAUACAACUUUUAUUUUGUUGGCGUAAAUAAUAAUUAAUAAUUGUGGGAUAAUUAAAUUCUAAAAAUAAAAUGAACCUUUUAUUACAAGAUCCAAGAGCAUCAUCUAAAUUUGGUUGAUAUAAAAACAAUCAUUAUGGGAACUUGAAAGAAAAAAAAACUGUAUAGUUCCCAAAAUUGAACUUUGUGAUAGUGUUUAAUGGACUAGAUACUUUCAGUGACAUAGUGUUGGUGUUUUAUAAAAGAAAAAAUAAUAAAAUAUAAACAAAUCGGCAAAUAGUGACAAUGUAUUCUAUAAGAAAUUGGCGAAAAUACGCGUUCAACAACAUCAAAACAAUUAUCUUGAUAAAAACUCAUUGCUUAUUGUGAAAACCAUAAUCACGAACAUAUUUUGUAAGAUAGUGUAAUAAUAAUAAUACUAAUAAUAUUAUUAUUAUUAUUAUUAUUAUUAUUAUCAUUUAUUUUUCAUCUUUUUUUUUUUUUUAAGUUUUUUAAUUUUUUUAAAAAAUAUUUUAGAUAAAAUAAAAACCUGAAAUUGAUGUAACACAGAGUGAAUGUCAAGGGUGUAAUGCCAGAAUUAAUCAAGGUCAAAAUGAAUGGGGUUAUACCGAGUGUUCCAAUCACUACCCUCGCAGGUAUCGCGAGUCUUACAGACUUAUUACCGGAAAUGCCCCUACCGACACCAUUGCCGCAAGCUCUGACAAAUAAGUCAUUGUUAUUUCAUGCACGUGUUGCUGAAGAAGCUAAGCUACAGCUUAGUAACAGAGAUGAAACAUUAGUACCGCAACUAAUUCAAGCUCUAUCGCAGACAUCAUCUGAUAAUAUUGAAUUAAAAGAUCAAUCUGUUUUACAAUCUGAACAGCCGUAUUCUGAUCCUGAACAACAUACUCCAGAAUUAUUAAAAGCUAUAUUAGAAAUAAAUCCUCAUGUAUUUAAAGGCCCACAAUAUAAUUCACGAAGAACUUGGCCUUGUCAAAAUACACAAUUAAUGAGUGCUAAUCAGUCACCAGCACAUUACGGGCGAUUUUCACCAUCAUAUUCAAAUUCAUCAGGAUCGAGACAAACGCCUCAAGGUAGUCCUGCUCAACCCGCAUCUGCUAGAACUGUAUUACCACCACCACAACUAACAACAUCAACAACAACAACUACAACGACCGGCAAUAUAAUGAGUCACGCUCAACAUCCUAGAAUGCCAGUUACACCACAAAAUCACACAGAUGUCUCGCAAAUGUCUCCUUUUGCAGUGCCUUCGCCAUCACCCCGUGCAACUGUUAUAACAGAACAAACAAGAACAUCGACAACACCACAACAUCAUAUACAAGAUGAUCCCAAUGGUUUAACAAAUCAAUUAUCAAAUAUUAAUAAUCCUCAUGUAAAUAUUUAUUCACCAGCUCAUAUGGGAUCUCCAAGUACUGCUACAACAAUUAUGCAACAACAACAACAACAACAACAACAACAGCAAAUGAAUACUCAUGUUGUACAGCCACAUCAUCACAAUCUCGCUAGUUUAACACCUCAACAUUCUAUACACAUGACAUCUCCAAUGCACAGUUCAAUACCAAAUCAACCUAUGAAUAUGAAUGUUAAUUUACAACAAGCUAUCUAUGAUCCAAUAAUUAAUCAUCAGUUACAACAUCCAAUAAAUGUUAAUCAUACAAUGGAUAUUGCUAAUGUUGUACAAGAUAAUUCACAAUUUUUACUGGAUUCAGUUACUGGCCUUCCUGAUAUUGAUUUACCUAUUGAAAGCAUUGAUCCUAAACCACCAAUACAACAAUCUGUUGAUAAUUUGAUAAAUCAACAACAACAGCAACAACAACAAACUGUAUAUCCUAAUCUUAAUCCUGAAAGUGUAGCCAGUGCAUUUGAUUCAGCCCUCACAAUGCCAAUUCAUCAUCUCCAUCAUCAUGAGCAACACCCACAACAACAACAACAACAACAGCAGCAGCUGCCACCGCCACUACAGCAACAACAACAACAACAACAUCAUCUUCAUCAUCAUCAUCACCAGCACCAGCAGCAUCAACAACAACAGUCACAAUCACAUCACCCGCAACAAAUUCAACAGCCUCAUCUUCAUGAUCAAUAUCAACAUCAGCAAGAUCAAUUUCAACAACAACAACAGCUGUUACAACAACAACAAUUACAACAACAACAACAACAACAACAACAAUUAAUAUUGCAGCAGCAGCAACAACAACAACUACUAUUGCAGCAGCAGCAACAACAACAACUACAAGAUCAAUUACAAGAACAACAAAAACAUCAACAACAACAACAACAGCAGCAACUACAACAACAACAACCGCAAUCUGCUUUUAAUCUGCAAUUACCAACUCAAACGCCGGAGCAUCAUCAUGAUCAAAUAAAUGAGCAUGUAAUCAAAGACGUUAAAUUAAUGGGACAGCCAUUUGACACAAAAUUUAAGGAACCAGUGGUAAUGUUGAACAGAUUGUCAUUAGCAGAUCAAGCAUUAAUGCAGCAAAAAUCACCAAACCGUAUUGCUAAAUUGGGAUUAAAAAAUAACAAUAAUAAUAACAAUACCAAUACAAAUAAUAAUAAUAAUAAUAAUCCGAAUAAUAUGAAAUCAGAUUCUGACAAUGAUGAGGAUAUAGGAGAAAAUAAUAAAUUAUUAAAAUCAUCAACAUCAUCGUCAUCAUCAUCAUCUCGAUCAAAAGAACGUAGUCUUAGAGCUCGUAGACGUAAACGUAUAAUUGAUGACAGUGAUGAUAAUGAUGAUGGUGAUAAUGCAGAUGAUGAUGAAGAUAAAAAAGAACCAACAUUAAUAUCACCGAUAAAACCAAAAAUAAGAAAAAUAGAAAGAAAAUUGGUACCUGUAUUGGCUAAAUUAAGUGUUGAUGAAUUAAUGGAAACAAAUACGUAUCAAUUAUUUAAUUCAAUGAUUGAUACAAUAUUCGAAAAUACAGAAGAUGUUGUAACAAUGGGUGAAAUAGAAGAAGAUGGUGAUGUACCAGCAGAAAUACUUAUUCAAAAAUAUGAAUUACAAGCAUUAUGUAAAGAAGCAGCUAAAUUAAAAUCAUUAAGAGCUAUGGAAUCAAUUCCAGCAGAUAGACUUGUAAGAUUAUUAAAUAUAUUAGAAAAAAAUAUACGUGAUGGUGCAAGAGUAUCACCUUUAGCUGAUCCAGAUGAUGAUAUUGAAGAAAGUAAAUUAUGGAUGCAAAUGGCUAUGGAAAGAGUAUUACGUGCUGUUGAUGCAUCUGUAAUAGCAUUAAAUAUAAUGACAUCACAAAAUAUGCCUAAAACUGUAUAUUUAGAGGAUGUUAUUGAUCGUAUUGUAUUGUUUAUGAAAUUUCAAUUACAAAAUACAAUAUAUCCAUCAUUUGAUCCUGUUUAUAGGAUAGAUUCAAAAAAUAAGACUGACAAUUUGAAUUCUGGUCGUAAAAAAAGGGGCCAUAUGAAAGAAGUACGUGAAAAAAGUAUACUUGAAGUUUAUAAUAAAAUGCGUGAACUUGUUAGUUUACUUGCUGAAUUAUUAAAUAUACAAGUAUUAACUGAUACAAGUGUACUUCAUGCAUCAACACUUGGUGUUGCACCAUUUUUUGUUGAAUCUGUAAAUGAUCUUCAAUUAAGUGCAUUAAAACUUGUAACUGUUAUAUUUACAAAAUAUGAAAAACACCGGCGAUUAUUAUUAGAUGAUAUUCUUGCAUCAAUUGCUAGAUUACCAAGUAGUAAAAGAAGUUUACGUACAUAUAAAUUACAUUCUGGUGAUUAUAUACAAAUGUUGACAGCAUUAGUAUUACAAUUAAUACAAUGUGUUGUUAUAUUACCAGAUAAUUUAAUUCGUCAAGAUAAUAAUAAUAAAACAACUACAACAGUUAACAGUACUGCUAAUAAUGAUGCUGCUGAUAAUCAAGAUAAAAAUACAGGUAAUAAUAAAAAUUUAUCCCAUAUUGAUGCAGAUGUAUUAGUUAUAAAUAAAUAUGAAACAGCAACACGAUUGGGAUGUAAUUUUUUAUCUGUAUUUUUAAAUAAAUGCAGUAGUAAAGGUACAGAUAUUGAUUAUCGUCCAUUAUUUGAAAAUUUUAUUCAAGAUUUAUUAGCAACUGUUAAUAAACCAGAAUGGCCAGCUGCUGAAUUACUUUUAAGUAUAUUAGGUACUUUACUUGUUGGACAUUUUUCAAAUAAAACAUCAGAUAUGUCAUUACGUGUUGCUUCAAUUGAAUAUCUUGGUGUUGUUGCUGCAAGAUUAAGAAAAGAUGCUGUAAAUUCACAAUGUAAGUUAUCAACAAUUGAUCAAAUAAUAAUAGAUAUUAAAGCUGAACAACAAAAAGAUUCAGAUUAUGAUAUGACAACAACAUCAACAGCAAUAGCAGCAGCUAAAGAUAUUGAUAAUAAUAAAAGAAAAGUAAAUAAUAAAAUUAAUGAGGACGAAGAACGUACAAAAUUUUUACAAAAAGUUUUACUUGAUCAUUUAGCUGUUAAUGGUACAAAUGAUCCAUCAUUAAUAUAUGCACGUCAUUUUUAUUUAGCACAAUGGUAUCGUGAUUGUGCUCAUGAAAAAACUCGUGUUGGUCAAAAAUCGUCAAAUAAUAAAAAUAUUACACCAAUUAAAAAAUCAUCACAAAAUAAAAAACGUAAUAAAUCAUCAUCAUCAAAUCAAAAACGUAAUAAAAAUAUUGAAAGUGAUAAAUCAGAUGAUAGUGAUGAUUCAGAUAUUGAAGAAUUAGAUUUUGAUGAUAAUGACAAUAAUGAAAAAAAAAAUUCCGAAUUAUAUAGAAUUAUUGAAGAAAAGAAAAAAUUUAUAUUAAGUUCAAUCCGUCCUUGCAGUUCAUCAACAAAACCCGAUAUAUUACAAACAUAUAUUGAUUAUAAUUCAGCAGAAUUAAUAUCACAAUAUUUAGCAUCUAAACGACCAUUUUCACAAAGUUUUGAUAUAUAUUUAAAACAAAUACUUCAUGUAUUAACAGAAUCAUCAAUAGCUAUUAGAACAAAAGCUAUGAAAUGUUUAACAACAAUUGUUGAAGCUGAUCCAAGUGUAUUAGGACGUAGUGAUAUGCAAUUAGGUGUAAGACAUUCAUUUUUAGAUCAUUCAACAUCUGUACGUGAAGCUGCUGUUGAUUUAGUUGGUAAAUUUGUAUUAAGUAGACCAGAACUUAUUGAUAAAUAUUAUGAUAUGUUACUUGCAAGAAUACUUGAUACUGGCGUUAGUGUACGUAAAAGAGUUAUUAAAAUAUUAAAAGAUAUUUGUGUUGAAUGUCCUGAUUAUUCUAAAAUACCUGAAAUUUGUGGUAAAAUGAUACGACGAGUUAAUGAUGAAGAAGGUAUUAGACGAUUAGUUAUGGAAGUAUUUCAAAAUAUGUGGUUUACACCAAUUAAAGAAACUCAAAUAAAUCAAAUACUUGAUUCAACAAUAUUAUUAAGAAAAGUUAUGAAUAUAACAGAUGUUGUUGCGAAAAAUAAAGAUAUUGGUUUAGAAUGGUUUGAACAAUUACUUGUUAGUUUAUUUAAACCAAAAGAAGAUAAAGAAGAUAGUACUAAAUUACAAACAGAACCACCAAAAGGAUUAUUAACAGCUUGUCAACAAAUUGUUGAUUGUUUAAUUCAAAAUAUAUUAAAAUUAGAAUCAAUGAAUAAUACAACAACAAAAACAUUAAAUAAUGAUGACAGUGGUAGUAAUAAUUAUGAAAAUGAUGAUAAACAACGACUUGUUGCAUGUAUGAAAACAUUAUAUUUAUUUGCUAAAAUACGACCACAAUUAUUAGUUGAACAUGCAAGUACAUUACAGCCAUAUCUUGGUUUAAAAUGUCAAACUCAAGGUGAUUAUCAUAUGAUAAGUUGUGUUGCUCAUACAUUAGAACUUGUUGUACCAUUAAUGCAACAUCCAAGUGAAACAUUUUUAGCCCAAUUAGAAGAAGAUUCAAUAAAAUUAAUUCUUCAACAUGAUAAAUCUGUUGUUGCAAGUUGUUUAUCAUGUUUAGGAUCAAUUGUUAAUAAUGUUACGAAAAAUUACAGUUUAAUACGUGAUUGUUUUAAUAAAUAUUAUUGUUAUUUAACAAAAUAUAAAAUGGAACAUGAAAAAGAUCCAAAUAGUAAAAUAUUAUUAAAUGGACGUCCAUUAUUUCGACGUGCAUUAUUUACUGUUGGAUUAUUAUUACGUUAUUUUGAUUUUACAGAUCCACAAGUAACUUAUGGUUUAAUUGAUAAUAUUAAAGAUCAUGUAUUUCAAGUUAUGAGUUAUUUUGUUAAUCAAGAUGAUAAUGAUAUACGUCAUUAUACACUUACAGCAAUUGGUUCAAUUUGUAUUCGUCAUUCUGAAUUUAUGUUAACACCAGAAUUAAAAAAACUUUAUCAUUAUUUAUUAACAUCUGAUAGUGCGUUAGAAUUUAUGAAAAUUCAAGUAUUAAAUAAUAUUGAAGUUUAUUUACAAGAAGAAGAAAAAAGAAUGAUAAAACAAGAUCAAGAAUGGUCAAAAAUGUGUAAACAAGAAAAUUUAAAAGAAAUGGGUGAUGUAUCAUCUGGUAUGGCUAGUACUGUUAUACAAUUAUAUCUUAAAGAAAUACUUGAAUCAUUUAUAAAUACAAAUAUACGUGUACGUCAAUCAGCAUGUAAAGUUAUACAAUUAAUAUUAGCACAAGGUUUAGUAUAUCCAAUUCAAAUAGUACCAUAUCUUAUUUGUAUGAGUACUGAUAUUGAAGUUAUGGUAAGUCAUAGUGCUGAUAAUCAAUUACAAGAAAUAGAAAGAAAAUAUCCUGGUUUUAUUCAUAUGCAAUCACAAUAUGGUAUUAAAUUAAGUUAUAGAUUACAAAAAAUAUUACAAAAUAAUAUAACUGUAAGAGGUAUGAGAUUAAAAGAUGGUGAAUUUCCUAGUGCAUUAAAUGGUUUUUUAUAUACAAUAUUGAGAAAUACAAAACAACAACGUCGUGCUAUUGCUAUAUCAUUUUUAAAACAAUUUGAAGAAUCUGCUAAAUCAAGUUUAUCUCAAAUGUUGUAUCUUGCUGAUAAUUUAGCAUAUUUUACAUAUCAAGUACAAGAUGAACCAUUAUUUAUAAUUCAUCAUAUUGAUAUUAUUAUAUCAAUGUCUGGUGAUAAUUUAUUACAAUCAUUUAAAGAAGCAUUAUUACCUAAAACAUUUAAUCAAAUAAAUACUUGUAAUGAUAAACAACAACAACAACAGUUACAACAACAACAACAACAGCAACAUCAAUAUCAUCACCAUUCACAUCUGUUUUUAAUCAAUCAAUUAUUUGGAUCUGAUGGACAACCUAGACCUGUUCAUAUAUUAUCAGCUAUUGAAGAUGAAGAUGAUGAUGAAGAAGAUGAUGAAUCUAUUGUUGCUAGAUUACCUCAAGAUACAACAUUACUUCGUGAAUAUAUUACUGCAUCCCAAGGUUUUCUUUUACUUCUCACAUUAAGACAACAUUUAAAAGAAAUAUAUGGAUUUUCAGAUGCUAAAAUAAGUCAAUAUUCACCAUCUGAAUCUGCAAAAGUAUAUGAAAAAGCAGUAACACGUAAAAGUACUGCACAUUUUAAUCCAAAAGCUACAUUAGCUAAAUUACAAGAAAAUGUAAGUGAUAAAGAACUUGAUGAUGAUGGUAGAAAAAAAUUAGCUGCUGAGUAUCUUGAUUUUAAGCAACUUAUGAUUAAAUUUGAUCCUAAAGAACCAGAUGAUGAAGCUGCUGCUGCUGCUGCUGCUAAUGCAAAUACCACUACUACUACUACUACUAUCCCUGGUAAUAAUACUGAUGUUGGUGUUGUUAGUCAUUCAACUACUGAUGAUUCAGUUCAGAGAAUAUUAAAUCCUGAAAUAAAUCAAAAUUUUGUACCAAUGCUUAAUACUGGUACUGGUGAUUUUAAUACAUCACAUCAUCAACAACAACAACAACAGCAACAACAACAACAAAAUUCAAUCCAUCAUCAUAAUAAUACAUUAAAUAGUAUGACGCCAACGGCACCAUCACCAAGAGUACCUAAACUUACGAUACAUGCUCAUCCUGAAACAAAUAAAGAACACCGAAAACAUCGUACGCACAAAAUUGAAAAAGUUAAAAAACAUAAAAAGAAAAAACGAAGAAGAAUCUCCGACAGUAGUGAUAGCGGGGAUGAUUGCAGUGAUCCUGAUUUUAUGGUGUAAAAAUUGUGUGUGGGUGUGCGUGUGUGUGUAUGUGUGUCUGUGGGUCCGCUAUUAUUAGCCUUGUGAACAUUAGGGUGGAAUAAAUAAAUAAAUAAAAUAAUUGAAAAAAUUUAUAAUAAACAUAUAGACAAAUAAAUAAUUUUUUCAACAAGUGUCAACUUAAAUAUUGAACACUAUUUUUAUUUUAUUUUAUUAUAGUUUUUUUUUUUUCUCUUUCUUUAUUAGUAAGAUGUGUAUAAACUACAGAUAUAAGUGAAAUAAUGUGUACACACUGAUACGAAUAAAUUAAAUAAAUAAUAAAUUGCAAUAAGAGUAAAUGAACUUUAGAAAAACGAUUAUUCUUAUCGUUAAUUGGCUUUUAAAAAAUAUAUAUAUAAAUAAAUAUAUAUAUAUAUAUAUACAUACAUAUAUAUAAAUUAUAUUAUAUAACUUUUCAUUAAUUAUAAUAAAUAAUUUUUGAAACAUUACAAUUAAAUUUGCAAUAAAGCAUUGAAAAAAAAAAAUAAAUAGCAAGUUUAAUUUAAUUUUGUAUUCGAGAGGUCAAUUUUAAAUACUAAUUAACUAUUGUAUUAUUUAUUCACGGAAAGUAUAUCGUUUUUAUAUAAUUAUUAUAACUAAAUAAAAUUUAUAAAUUAAUAAAAAUUGAACAAAACAACAUGUGCUCGAAUAGUAAAUAUUUAA